CACGGAAGUUACCCCAUUGACGCUACUUCAAUAUGGCGGUUUAGGUGACGUUAAUAACGGAGUGUAUCAGACUUUUUACCUUUACCUCUUCUUUAACGUGUAAUCAAGAUGGCAGAGAAUGUUCAUCAAAACUUGGAAAGUAUGCUGCCCGAACUAGAGGAGCUGGAGAGAAUGGGAGUCUUCUCCAGUGAUGAAAUAAGGUACGCAGUUUUUCGAACCCCUUUCACGCGUUUUGAAACGUGGUCAAUCACAAGAUAGCUAUUUCUUUAAGUUAAGUUUAUUUAUCAUUUGCAGCUUUAGACAGGGGCAACUUCAGAAUACCCAGCCACAAAUAACUGGGGUAAAUUUACUGUUAACGCGAUCCGGAGUAUCUAAGUUUUAAUUCAGUUAAAACUGUCCCAGUGAAAGGUAAAUUGACUAAAGGAGUAAAUUUACCUCUCAGGAGAUCCUUAGUCUCGUAGUCGCGUUAGUAGGAUUUGAUGAUCAUAUACAACUACAGUGUGUGGGAACUUUAACACUUAAAGCCGCAAUAUCAUCGUGAAUAAAAACAAUUAUAAUAAUCCUAUAUUACCCUCUGCAUUGUUUACAGCACUAAUGCUAGUGUGGCUGAGUAAAUGCCUAAAACAAAUGAUUUAAAUCAAAACUUAACAGGGUAAUAAAUCCUGACUUGUGGGAGACUACCCACUUGGUAAUUUACAAGUGUGGCGAAGAAUUUGAACUUUUGACUUCUGAGAAAAAAAUCCAGCCUCUGAACCGCAAGUCCAGUGUUCAGUGCGGCCCUUGGUGAUGCUGCCCCUUUACGUGUAUAUCGACAAGCCUCCAUAAAUUUCUCAUAGCAUAAGUUGAAUGAAGCUGUAAGAGGAUCAUUACAGCGAAUGGGUUAUCAUUGUUUAAAAUCUCUUGACUUCUUUCCUUGAUUAUUCCUUGAUGCUGUAUGGAGAAAUUUGAUACGGGACGCCUUUUGGAUUUCAUUUGAUAGAGACUGUUCUAUUGGAUUUUGAGGCAGCUCUUACUCUCGGAGAUCUAGACACUGCACCUUAAACCCAUUUUGAAGUUUUGGAGGAAGGGGCACGAGGCAGCGUGGCUGAGUGGUCAUCAUGUCAUACUCGCAAUCUGGUGGUUCCACUCAAACCACAAGUUGGAACUGUUUCUUGGUCAUAGUAAAUUCAUUUGUCCACGUAUGAAAAUAGCCAACUGGUUGCCUCCUACCAGUCAGCGUUGAUAAUCCUGUUAAAGUGUGUGUUUAUUUGGAUAUUUCUUCCCAAUAAUUAUACAAUAAUAAUUGUACAGUUAUUAUCUUUUUGUUUGAGUGCAUUGACUGUAAACAAGCUGAAUAGAGUGGACUUCCCUUAAAAACAAACCUUAAUCUUUACCUUGGCUAGACAUGUAAUUUAUUAUGAUGUUCAUAUAAAUGUAAAGUCAAUUAUUACAUUUUAUGUUAUUAGGUGAAAUCUGCAGUUCAUACACAAACUGGCAAGUUGUCUGAUUGCCUUAGCAUUCUUAUAUAUAUAAAUACACUUUGUUCCUUUACACAGGAAUAUCAUAACAAAGAGGCGUGAAUAUGAAUACCACUUACAGAAGAGAAUUGUUCAGAAGGCAGACUUUCUUAGAUACAUGCAGGUAUGCGUGUAUACUGUUUAAAGUCAUUUUUCCUAAGUGUUAAUGUACAGCUGGAUUAGUGCUUGAUAUGCACAACUACAGUAUAACUAACUUAAGGCUAUUCCUUGGCUGAGGUAUUUUAAAAACAAUUCAAAGUCAUGUGAUCUAGGUAAAGGGCUGACAGCUUUUCUUUCAAAUUCACAAAUCUCAUGAAAAUGUUACAUGUAUAUCCUGGGAUUAUCAGGGAUUAUCUUGUCUAAGAUCCCAUGAAGUGGGCAGGAUCCUGUAUAAGAUCCUAUGAAGUGGGCAGGAUCCUGUGUAAGAUCCUGUGAAGUGGAUAGGAUCCUGUGCAAGAUCCUGUAAAAUGGACAGGAUUCUGUGUAAGAUCCUAUGAAGUGGGCAGGAUCCUGUGUAGGAUCCUAUGAAGUGGGCAGGAUCCUGUGCAGGAUCCUAUGAAGUGGACAGGAUCCUGCUUAAGAUCCUGUAGGAUACUGUUUAGGAUCCUAUAGGAUCCUGUAAGGAUCCUGUUGGAUCCUGUAUGAUCCUUAAGGAUCUCAAGCAGGAUCCUUUAGGAUCUUACUUAGGAUCCUGAGUAGGAUUUCUACCAGGGAUUAUAAGAUGAAAAGUUGGAUGUCUUGAAGUCCUAAAGCUAACUUCCUUAUAGGCUUCCUAUAUAGGUAUUAUGAUAAUAAUUGUGGUACUAUCAGUUAAUUCAAAACUUCAAGCCUUGUACUGCACUGUGAGAGGGGACCUGUACUAAACUAUUGUCUAACAGUGAUCUAAAUGUAUACAUUUUGUAUGUACUGUAAGUUAACAAUCACAAUAAUUUUUUUGUCUCCCUGAUAAUUUGCAGUAUGAGAUUAAUUUAGAUAUGCUGAAGAAGAAAAGAAAAGUGGUAAGAAAUUUUCCAGUAUUCAGCUGUAAAAGUUUUUCAAAAUGCUAUUGAAUUUCACAGUUACAUUAAAUUUUUAUGCAAAAAGGAUUGUUCAAUGUAAAACAGUAGCAGAUUAUGUGUGCCGGUAUUUUCUGCAAUGUUUUUGUUACCAAAAAAUCUCCUUCAAUUUUAUCUUUGGUUUAAAUUUAAUUUCCUUUUAUUAUGUUUUGGGAGUGGUUAUUUUAUAUUUGUGUGAUAAUGAUUUGAAAGUAAAGGAAAUAUAUUUAAGUAAAGGGAAAAAAAGAACCAAAGCAUACAUACAUGUAUGUUAAGAGUUAAAGUAUUAUUAAACCUUACACUGCAUCGUAUUGUCCCAUGCCAGUGGCUGUGGAAGACAAUCAUAAUUCUUGCAUCAUUUAUUUCCUUGAUAUUUAGAGACUUGGCAUCAAAAGAAACUUGCAUGGGGAGCAAAUUGUUAUGAAAAGAAUUCACACACUUUUUCAGGUAGUUCAUUAUUUUUUUAUGAUAUUAAAGGGUGCAGCACUUAAUUUACAAUGUGCUUAAGGAAGCACAGGUUAAAUUGUCUAAGACUUUCUUGCUGUUGACAGCAAAUUCAGGCUAGUGUAGCAUAAUGAAUGAAUGAAGGCUAGGAGGCUAGGAGACAAAGGAAUUUGAGAAUUAUCAACCUAGGUUAAAAAAUGUAACCCUGAAUUUAAUUUUGACUUGUAACAUACACAUGCACAAAUUUAAUAAAAAUAUUUACAACUGUGCAUUGUAGAAUCCAGUAGAAUUAGAGACAUGAAAAUGUUUGAUGAAUAAGCCACAACAGACUUAAUUGGAUUUUAGUACAUUUAGAUAACAGGAAAGUCAUACACAUAUUCAUUUUUAGUAUGACCCUCUCAUAACUAUUUUUAAUCUGUUUAUUUAUUUAUUUUGUAUUUAUUUUUUCUUUUUUUGCAGAAUGCAUUAAAAAAGUUUGUGGUGAGUAUCAUAAUAUUCACAAAAUGACAUGAUUAUUAUUAGAAAACUACCAACUUUUUAUUGAAAACACAUUAUGUUAUUUUAUUUUCAUUUUUAAAAAAAUGCUACACUGUACAUGUACAUGUAUCUGCUCAAAAAGUUUCUUUUUUUUUCUGUUUUAGGGGGACAUCAAACUUUGGAUCCAGUACAUUGAGUUCUGUAAGCACAUGGUAAGCUAUGUGCAUCGUAUGUGUUUUUGUAAAAUUAUAAUAAUAAUAAUAAUUUGUUUGCAUUCAUUCUGAGUAAUUGAAAAAACAAAUGUACGUGUAAAUGCACACAGUUGGCUUCUUGAUUGCUCACUAAAGGCUGUAGUGCUUUCUUGAAAAUAUAACAGAGUGGCAAAAGCGAUCAAAGAGAACAAAAAUGUUGUGAAGCUAAACUUCAUGCAGUGUAGGUCUCUUUCCCAUGGAACAGAAAAACAGCAGGGCACAUUGUGAGUUUCAUGGAUUAUAGAGAACUGCUGACUGGCCACUGAGGCUAAUGAAUCUUUCAAUAAAACAACUUGCUAACUGGGUUGAAUUUCUGUUCUUUAUAAAGUCAGGUUGGUGAUUGGCUUGCGCACAUUAAUUUGUUCAAGUGCAAUGCUAAUACAGGUGUAGGCUGUUUCUUGAUCUGAACCUUCAAUCAAACAAGCCAAAAUUUCCCAAGUCCCUGAAUGUUAUAAUUUGGUCCUUGCUCCGGCAGUAGUGAAAAAGAUAUACCUGAGGUUAAUCGUACGUAACAAAGUGCAGUAUAGACUAAAGGAUGCUGGGCUGAAUUUGCCUUCACUAUCCUGCUGCCUUACAAGACCUGUAUUUUAUUUUGUUUUUAGGGAAGCACAAAAAUGCUUGGCAAAGUUUUUGCCAGAGUCCUGCAAUACCACCCAAACAAUCCAAGUUAGUGUUUUUCAUUAAAAAAUAUAUAGCCUAGUGCCCCAUGCAUGGAUUUGUUUCAGGUCAAGAUCAAAUUCAGGUAAAAAUAACCUAGGUUGAUUCUCAAUUUACUUUGUCUCUUAGCUAAAAAUGUACUCCUAAUUAUUCAUGAACUAGGACUAGAAGGCAAAGGAAAUUGAGAAUCAACCAAGGUUAAAAAAAAGUUAUUAAACAUAUAUUUAUUUCUGACCUGUAGCAUUUUCACUGAUGAAAUUUCAGACAGCCAUGUGAGUGUUUUAUUGGUAAAUAAAUACACAUACAUGUACACUGUACAUGUACACUGUACAUGUAGUAGCAGCAGAACUGACAGGAAAUUCAUUCAAAAUGCUGGUAUUAUGUGUUGCACAAGACAUUGCCAAAGCAUAAAAAAGUGUGAACGACCACAGAAAUUACUUACUGAUGACACAUCACUAUGGCCCAGAUCUGGUUAGCACUUCUCAUGGUUGAAAAUUUGCCUCAUGCAAUCAGUAUGAAAUUUCUGCAUUUGUUCUUCAGACGUCAUUUUGUGGGAAACCAGUAUUGGCCUUUUUCUCAGGCCAAAAUAGACAUGGUAAAAUUUUGAGGCUUUUAAGGGUUCUCAAUAGAAUCCGGCACCCGGUGAUUGCUCGCCGCCUACUUUAGAAUUUGUAGCCAAUUACUUUGCAUUCUAUUUGCUGCUUUUUCCUCCCUAGUUUACAGCCCCUCCAUUUGUCACAUCCGCCUACUUAAGGUUGAAGAGACACCUCCUUCAAAUCCUAUUGAGAACCCUUUAUAAUAAUGAUAUCAAAUUAUUGAUGCAACAUGUCAGUAAUUACCAUCACAGAGAGCAUGUGAACUGGGGGUAGACACUAAGUCCUAGACACCUGAUGUCACCGGGAACUUGCUGUCAGAGGAAGACCAUUCGGCAAAGCUCACAAGCUGUGCUUAAUGGAAUUGAAUAAUAAGAAUCAUUGUUUAGGUCAGCAUUAGAUGUUCAUGUGCGUAGGAUUCAAACACUGUUUCCCUUCAGUCUCUCUUCCACUGUCACAAAUCAAACUGGGAAGUGAGAAAACUACAGCAGUGCUGUAUAAGUAUACUAAAAAAAUUCAGGUACCAGUGAAUUUGAAUUAAAAUAGCAGUAAGUGCUAUUUUUGUUACUAUUGCUAAUUUUAUCAAGACCUGUGGAUAAUGGCUGCAAAGUGGGAAUUUGAAGACAACAAGAACAUUCCAAACAGCAGAACUUUGUUACAAAGAGGACUUCGAGUGAACCCAUCAUCAAAACAACUUUGGCUGGAGGUAAAUAAAACUCUUAAUAAUAAUAAUAAUUAUAAUUGUUGUACAAGUGUACAAGCAGUAUGUGUAGUUAACCUAACAGGGUAUUUGCAGUUAACUAGGCUCUUUUGUUCUCCCAUUAAAGAGGCAUUGAUAAGGUUGUUAAAUUUUGUAUAAUGAGAAAAUGACUCCAGGGGUGUAUUUUAAGUUUGGACCGGAAGAAUGUGGUCGUAAAAAUAACCAGGUAGUUACAUUUUAUUGAGGAGGUGCCUGUAAAGGCUACGCAUGUUCCUCUGUUCUGACCCAUCAAGGCAGCAUUGAAAAGCGGCUGCAAAAUAUUGUCAGCCUCCUGACCUUAAGUCGAACUAAUGAAACUGCAAGUGUUUACAACUAUUGUUUUAAAGUCUCCCAAAACAAAAUCUGCACUCAGGAUAUUUAACUCCCUGCCUACCAGAGUCAAAUACAAAGUGUACCCACCAACCGGCAGCCAUUUCUUGACGACCGGAGUUCAUUUAUUCAAGACAACUCGAACAACUGGGCUGUUGGUGAUUUCGUUUGUCUCUUGUCAAUCAGGAUGUAUAUAAUUAUACGCCUGGGUCGCUGAAUGACCUCAAACAUGAUGUACACUGUAUAUAUAUGAACGUGUACGUCCUUGGUAGGCAAGGGGUUAAUUUUUUCCACUUGUCAAUUAAUGACUGUUUUAUUAGCAACAAUGAGUCCCGGACUCAUAAGAACUGCUUUAAUUUUUUCGCAUCGACCCUUGAUGGUAACAUCAAUUUUUUAGGUAUCAUACGUGUAUUAGAGAAUAAUUUUUGAUAAUUUUAAUUACAUUCAUGGUCUUUUUAUUUCAGUAUUUCAGAAUGGAGCUUCUACAUGUUGAAAAAGUAAGUAAACUGGUGUAAAAUGAAUGUGUAAUGUACUUACAGUAGGUCCAUAGUUCACAUUUUACCCUUCUCCUCCAAUAAUGUAAUGCAAGUUUUUUUCUAUUGUUUCUUUAAUUUUAGUGUUAUGCUUUAUUUUGCUUUGCUUAGUAUAUUUUUUCCUAAAUGUUGAGUUCCUUUUAUUAUCAUUAUCAUUAUCAUUAUCAUUAUAUUAUCAUUAUCAUUAUUAUUAUUUCUCAGAUUCAUAAAAGAAGAAAAAUUCUGGGAUUGGAUGACCAGGAAGAAACACAGGAGUCACUGGUAAAUUCUUGUACAAUCUUCAAAAUUCCUUAAUUGAAACUGAAGGGAUUUAUGUAAGGAUUUAAAUGUUUAUUGUUAUUUUGAGUGAGUAAGUCUCUUGCUAAAACAUGACUGAAAUUCCUUUUGUUUUGACUUGUUGGCGUAUUAGUUUUUACAGUGCAUUUAAGUUACCGGUAUUUUCACGUGGCAAAACUUUUCUGUAAUUAAAUACACUGUACGUCAUCUACAUGUACAGUUUACAUUUUAAAAAGAGAAUCAAUUUCAUGUGUUCAGAUUGUAUUGUAUUUGCGGGCAACUGCAAAAACAAAAAAAUCUUGCAUUUGAUUUUUUGUUUUUAAUUAAUUGUGAAUAAACCUAUAACCCUUAUUUUUUUAUAGUACAUGUCAGAGUGUAACAGAUUAUUAUUUUAUCAUUUCAUCUACCUCUUUUCAUCCCAUUUUGUGUUACAGUACUCCAGGGUUUCAUUUGAUUUUACCCUUUUUUCACUCAGGAAGAAGAAAAAGUGAGUCCAGAGUUCUUGGCUGGAAAAGUUCCUGAAAUAGUUUACCAAAAGGCAAUUCAAUGUAUACCAGGUAUGUGAAGUGUUUAAGAUUCUUACUGGCUUAUUCCAUACAGACAGGUGUUUAAUAUCCAGCUUUUGUUUCAUCUUACAGGCUACAUUUAUCAUUAAUAUUACUUAGAGAUAAAACCUGAGUGAUGCAUUUUUUUUCUUCAUUAUUUAUUUUCUAAAUAAGUUAGUAGUUUUUUUUAUAAUGAUGGAUAAUGUAUAUAUAUUUUUUGGCCAUUACUUUGUGUAGUUUAAGGGACAGUUAUAACAUAAACCUUCCUGCUGCAUAAGUAAUUAAUUAAAUCUUUAUUUUUGGUUAUUUUAUUUUAUUAUUAUUACUUUUUUACUUUCUUACUUGCAGAUGAUAUAGAAUUCAGAGUGUCUUUUAUUGAAGUUUAUCGCCUCUUUGAAGAUACAAAACAAAGUUGUGAUUUGGUGUAUAACAGGUAAAAGUUUGACUAUAUUUUGCAUUUCUUAUUUCUUCAUUUACCUUCCCUGGAGAGAAUUGCACCAGUUUUAUCAGGUGAACUCUCCAUGAAUUCCCCUCGCAGGGAUGAAAUGAAUUUUUCUUACUAGGAAGGACAUACAUGUAUGUCCACUUAGGAGAAAAUUUCAGGCGGGCAAACUAGAAAAGUUAUUAUAGACAUACAUUACAUGUACAUGUAUAUUGACUUAUUCAUUUUGUUAAGUACUAUGUAAAUCUUUUGCUUGAAAAUGACAUUCUUUGCCCGUUCUUCAUAUCCAGUGACAGAUACAUGUAACAUUUUUGUCGGACAGUAAGCAAUUUUUAUUGUCGGAUUGUCCAAUGACUGACUUUUAUUGCAGCUCUGUUGUAGAUUAUAAAGAUGCUUGCGUUAUUGGCAGUAGUACAGUUGUAGCUCUGCCUCACGACUGAAAUUGGCUCUGAUUCACAUCUUGUUUUAUUCUUUGCAGCUUAGUAGAGGACUUUCCUUCGUCAGAAGAAGUCUGGAAUUUAGUGGCCCGUCGACCCAUUGAUGAAAGGAAAAGUGAAGUAAAGAAAGGAAUGACAGAAAUAACAGGUUUGCAGAUUUGCUAACUUACCACUGUUCACCUGUACUGUAUGUUAGACAAGAAUGUGGUGCAUGUACCUUUCAUUAUGCCUAGUCGGUACGUAUGCCAAUUCUCCCUAAUUAAUAGAUAUUUCAUAUGAAGUUUCUUUUUGAGUUAUGAAAUUAACUUCUUAUCACGUCUCGUUAAAAACAAAGAUCACAAACAGAGGUUUCAUGUACGAUAUCAUUGAUGAUCUGUAAAUAACGUCAUGUGAUCACCAGUCCAUGAGACUUGACUUUUUUAUUUUUACUGUAACCCACCUAAUGAUGGUAUAAAAAAAAAUCCAUUGGCAGGGCUCCAUUUUCGAAACAUGGGAAAAGCAUAAUAUUUUGUUCGAGCUACGGGAUCUGGGGCCCACUUCUCGAAAGUCCCGGUAACUUUUCGGGCCCGAAAUCAAAUAUUCAAAUCAAAAUAUAAAGAAUAAAAAUGCGUGACCUGACUAGCAAACUACUCCAUUUUGUUUCAUUAACUGAUAGUUUUAUCAUGUUAGAUGCAAAACUAUUGAGAAACUAUUGAACCCCUGGUUGGCUAAGGACUAAGACAUUGUUGCUGAUGGAAUUGUCUUUCAGUUUAAGCACGCAAACUAAAAUUAAUUGUCAGGAUGCCGAAACUGAAUUUGCUUCUUAAAAGCAAGAAAAUGUUUUUGAUUCCAACUAAAAACACUCUCACUUGCUUCAAAAGACAUAAUCAAAUGUUUUCUAGAUUAGCUUCAUCAGACGAAAAAAAUAGAGAGAUUUUAAUCGUGUUUAAGGCAGACGGUAUACGACAAACAAUAGCUUAAAGUUGCUCAUUUAUUUAAUUAGGAUAAUUAUAAGCAGAUAAAAACGGUGCAAAAUAAAUCUCAUACGUGAUCAGGUAAAAAACCUUAUUACAUCACUACUUCUAUUUUUGCAAAGAUAAAAUCAACAGUAUGCUUACAACCAAGCAAGAUUAUAAUGGUUGUAGAUGCAGGUCCCAUUGUGGCAACAAGGAUGUUAUUGUGAAUGAUAAGAAAGUAUCUAUGACCGCUACAGGUAGUUUAAGUGUUGCGCGCAGCACAGCAGUCUGCAAAAAAAACUACGCCGGGAUCAUUUUUCACAGAUAGUCAGUGGUGUGAGCUGGAAGCAGAGAUGAACAAGUUAUUUCAGGAUGCUGUGGAGAAGGUUCCAACAGGUUAAAAUGAUUUCUUGCAUUCUUCGUUAUCUUGUCGUAUUAUACACGCGUACAUGUGCGUGUUACUCCCACCGUGGUUUAGAUGUCUCGCUUAGAAAGGGAAACGGCUCUUGCGUGUUUGCUUAACCUGUGUUACCGUUGACAUAUUCUCCCUCUCUCACUCUCUCUCUCUCUCUCUCCGCAGAGGCUUCCUUUGGGUAAAGAUUAGAAAAAAGUAAGCGCGCGGUGGACGAUGGGAAUUGGAAAAGGCGGGAGCCUCUCUUGCUCUCUUUCCCCUUCCCCUCGUCCUUCGCGCGCUUUCUUUUUCCCUCUUCCCAGCCUCCUUACUACACAAAGAGCUCUCUGCGGAGGAAAGAGAUAUUAGGGCCUUUUAUACGAGGAAAAAUAAGACGCGUCUUUCAUUCAGAGACGCGUCCUAAAUAAGACGCAAACUAUCCCGUAUAAACGGCACAUUAAGACGCGACUUAGCAAAGACGCGUCUUAUCGAAGAACAGGUUUUAGGGGCUGUUCUUAGAUAAGACGCGUCUUACCUAAAUUUCAGACGAAAUGUGCCCUUUAUACGGGAUAGUUUGAGUCUUAUUUAGGAAGCGUCCUAUGUAAGACGCGUCUCAUUUUUUCCCUUUUAAACGGCCCUUUUGUCCUGUUAAAAAACCCUGAAAGACAGUCCUUUAGGGCCUGUUUACAUGGAGGUGGGGGACCCCAGGAAGGUGAGGUAACCUGCUUAGGUGGGGUAACCCGCCCGUCCAUAUAAUCUCUCAUUUUGAUGGGAUCACGUUUACAUGUUAAGUGGGGUAACCCGCUACAUGCUACCACACCUACCUGGGGUCUCCCACCUUCAUGUAAACAGGCCCUAAGUGCCCCUUAUAACAUCGCAAUUUCACGCGUUGUUGGGGCAAGGUGUUGAGGGCCGUAACUCACUUUUGUUGUUUUGUCACCAGAUAAAAUGUGGGAGUUGUACAUCAAAGCUUUUAUGGAAUUGCUGGGUGAUAGUUCCACAAAAGAAGCAAAAAGAGUAAGCUCAUAAUUUCCAUUAUAGUUAUGUUGUUACAUAAACUGAUUAACUGAACAAAACCACAUGAAUCAUUUGUACAGUUGUGAAUUUUUUUUCUUGCUUGAAAUCAGUGUAAUUGUGUAGCGCUCAGAAGACAUUAGAGUGUUUUUCGGUGGUGGUUGGAACAAAGCUUUGCCAAAUUUAAAACACAUAGCAAGACCUUUAGGCUCCUUCCACGCGUAUCCGGCAAAUUUUUCUUUGCGGAUUCAAAAAUUUCCCGGCCACACCUCUGAUCGGGAUUCACUCUCAGUUCGUCAGCUAUUAUAUGUAAAGCGAUCUUCGGCUGAUGCAAAACUUUUUUCGCCAUUCUCCUUCAAUUAUUGUUUUGCAGACAAAAUUGCCCCACCAAGCACUAGUUCGCUCGUUUAACUUGUUUACUGCGUCUUCCAAUUUGUCCGUCCGACAUGGAAUCAAGCCUCAGAAUGGCAUGCCGCCGUUUGGCAUAACUGAAUUGUGCAGUAAUCACAGCUAGGUUUAACUGCACACACGUUAGAAGACUUGAAACUAAAGUCCAAGAAGUAAAGAAAGAUAACAUUGCGCUCGGCGCCAUCUUGAAUAUUCAGGGUAAACAACUGGCCGGGGGUCCUGGAAAGCCGAUUAGCACUAAUCCAGGAUUAAAUCUCGCUAAUCGCCGAAUACAUUUUGUCCCACGAUUAGAUUCUGUUCCUGAAAGUAUGAUUAACCUUAAUCUAGGAAUAAACCAAGUGUUAAUUUUAACCCACCUAGCGAGGUCGAUUAAGUCACUAAUCGGGGGAAUACGUUUGUAAAAACAAACAAAAUGGCGGACUUACCGUUGCCACAAAUACGUGAAAAAAAGUUCCGACAGCAAGAAAUUGAUUUCGAAAUUGAUCUAGACCUCUUCACUUUCCGCCAUUUUCCUUUACUUCACCCGUGCCUAAACAUUUUUCGCGCCAUAUUUUUUAAAAGCAAUCAUCCCAAAGACUAGUUAAACCGGUUUAUUUUAACACUAAUCUCGGAUUAGCUAAUCGUGGGCUUAUUUCGCUUUCAGGAACUCCUUUUUAACCCACGAUUAGUUAUCCGUGGAAUAGAAAAUUAAUCGUGGAUUUGACGCUAAUCGGAGGAUAGUUUAAUCGGCUUUCCAGGAACCGGGGCCUGGGCUCGAUCUUGUUACGUCACUGGAUAAAAGAAUAUCCGGAUUCAGCGUCCACUCGAUUCUUGAUUCAUAGCGUAUUCAAAAAUUUCCGCACUGGAGAGCGGAUUCAAAAAGUUGUAUGGAUUCACCAAUACGUGUGGACAGAAGACAAAAAUAUCCGGAUACCGGACAGCCUUAAAAAGCGCCAGUUUAAAAGCGCAGUCCCCUUUGUUGAUACAAUUCCGCGUGAUAUUUCCCUUCGUUUUUCAGGCUCGAGGGAAACUGAUUUAACAUAUUGGCAAGGUUAAAAUACCAUAGGUUAAGAUAACAGGGUUAUACUUUUUUGUUCUGUACGCUUAUAAGUUAACAUGCAGCUAAUUUUUCUUUAAUGAACUAUUGUUCCGUUCGCCCUUUAGUUCAUUAAGUAUUGUUUUCCUCAGCUCGGAGAAAAUUAUACCCAAAAAAUAACAAGCUUUUUAUUUUCUUUUGCUACACAGCGAGAAAAAACUGUGUUACAACUUUUUACAGCGGCAGACAGCAACAACCAUUUAACAGAAGAACUUUACAGGUCAUGGGUAAGUCAUAUAUUUAGUUUGGUGUCAAUUCCAAGAAACGAUACAACCAGUGUACCGUGGGUACCCCAGUGGGUCGGGUUGCCGCUAGGGACUCAGGCGCUCAUUCGAAAGACAUCAUAAAUAUUAAAAUUUCUUAUGUUUUUACAUCUCUACAGGUUGGUGUUUUGCUUCAAACAGAUAAAACGAAGCAAGCAUUAUCAGUGUGUAAAAAAGGAACUGAGCGGUUUAACUCAUCAGUGAGCUUAUGGAGUGAAUACCUGAGAUUGAAAGUUAUAAAUAAGGGUAACGACUUAGUCUUUGGGUUAUUUUUUCAUUCAAUAGUUUCUAUGUAAGGUCGCCAUUUUUUUGGUCAUAGUCUGACUGUUCAUUUCACUGUCCAUGUACAUGAACAGGAUCACAAAGCUUUUAUUAAUAUAUAAGGCUCACGGCCACAGCACUCAGCUCAUUUUUAAACUAACUGGUAUCUUUCGAUAGUGCUUUAAUAUAAGCCAGUUAAGAUAUCUUCUGUCCUCUUGGACCUCUACGAUGGUGGGGUGAUAACUUUCGGCUGCACCCGUGUUAAAUUAGGUUGGUUUAUUUGGUUUCAGUUUUUGUUCUUGGUAAUAUCUGUCCCUUUAUUUACAGGUAAAAUCGCGGACAUUCAGAAUCAAUUUUCUUCUGCUAUCAAAAAUGUGGAGCCUAAGGUAAACAAAUAUUAUUGGAAACCCUGCUCUCUAAGUCUUUUUAAACUACAGUGGGACUCCGUUAAUACGGUCACCUAUGGGUCCAAAAAAAUUAGCCAUAUUAACGGGGUUGCCGUAUUACCGGGGGAGGGUCAGAUUUAAUAGAGAGCUUAAGAUUGAGGUUUUUAUCGGCAUUUCCCGCAAGCCGCGAACGUCAAGAAGUCACGUGACCAGGGCCUUGCCGUCAGGUUUGCGGUUUGAGGUUCACGUUUGUACGGCUAGACCACGCUCCAGAGAUAAGUGAUUUACCGCAAGGUUUUUUGUACCCUACAACAUCACAAUCACACGUUUGAGAAGAAAUACGACUUUUUAGAACUCUUUUGCUUAUUGAUUAUAGAAUUCUACUUCAAAAAACUUAAUUUUGAAGUCAAUUUCUCAGCUAAAAUAGGAGUAAGACUGGUAAGAGGAUGAAUGAAAGCGAGCGAGAGCUUACUCGUAGGCUAUAGAAACUUCUAUCCUGAUCAAUAAACACUGACUUUUGACCGAAGAAGUAGUGCUGCUUAUAGCAGCUGAACAAAUACUAGCUGGGCGACUGGCUUUAAACCCAGGACUCGAAGAAAGUUUCGUCGUGUCCGGCGUCCGGGACAGAUUUUCCACCUCCCUGGGCAAGUAAAAGCUCGCUUGCGCAAUGGGCAAAGGACCGGACAAGUCAUCUUGUACUUAAUUAAUUAACCAAGACAAGCAAGUAGUAACCACGGUAAAGCAAAAUGUAAGACUUUAAGGACAAGCUGGAAAUCAAGCGGUUUUAUAUAUAUAUAUAUAUAUUUUUUUUUGCUCCCUGUAAAACUUGUAAAAGAACAGGGUUUUCCUCUUUUUUAACGGGAGGAUCUCUAUUCUCGUUAAGGAAUCGCUGCCACUGUGGAAUCUCUGGCUAGAUUGGUGUAUCGAGAAAAAUCCAGAUGAAGUUAGGGCUGUGUUUGAAGUAAGUGUUUUUAGAAUUGUUGACACAUAACUUUAUUUGUGCGGUUAGAAUCAUUUAUUGUGCACCGUCAUGUUGGGUCGAUAAGUGCAGUCAGUCCUUUCCCGGGCUGGGUGGGUUAUCUUUAAGGAGAGAUCUCAAUAUAGAAAUAACCUUAUGAUCCUCCAUCAGUUGUCGUAAUGGCAACCUGUAGACAGUGUAUCAGUACCAAAAUAUCUGACCAACUCUAGAAGGAGUCCGAUUUAUAGGAUUGUUCAUAAACAGAGAGUGGACUGCAUAAUAAAGAAUCACUUUUCUUUAUUUUUCUCUUUUGAUCUUCGGUUUUAAUCUUCUCAGUCUUCGUUGCAAUCUUGUGUUGACGUGAGUUCCCCAAUGAAGGAAAAGUAUGUUGAGUGGACAGUGAAGUCAAAAGGAAUAAAGAAAGCCAGAAAACUUUAUAAAAGGUAAGAUUAUCGUGCUCUGUGUUUACAGUCAACUCUCUCUAAGACGGACACCUCUGGGACGGGCACUAAGUGUCCAUCUUAGAGAGAUGCCCAUCAUAUAAAGAGUCAAAUAAAGGAAAUAAAGAAAGGCUGGGACCAACUCUAGUUGUCCGUCUUAUAGAGAGUCAAAUAAAGGGAGUAAAGAAAGAUGGGGACCAACACUAGGUGUCCGUUUAACAGAGGUGUCCGUCUUAUAGAGAGUCAAAUAAAGGGAGUAAAUAAAGGCAGGAACCAACUCUAGGUGUCCGGUUUACAGAGGUGUCCGUCUUACAGAGAGUCAAAUAAAGGGAGUAAAGAAAGGCAGGGACCAACUCUAGUUGUCCGUCUUAUAGAGAGUCAAAUAAAGGGAGUAAAUAAAGGCAGGAACCAACAUUAGGUGUCCGUUUUACAGAGGUGUCCGUCUUAUAGAGAGUCAAAUAAAGGGAGUAAAGAAAGGCAGAAACCAACUCUAGGUGUCCGUUUUAGAGAGGUGUCCGUCUUCUAGAGAGUCAAAUAAAGGGAGUAAAUAAAGGCAGGAACCAACUCUAGGUGUCCGGUUUACAGAGGUGUCCGUCUUACAGAGAGUCAAAUAAAGGGAGUAAAGAAAGGCAGGGACCAACUCUCGGUGGCCGUUUUUCAUUUGAUUUUUUUUUUACGACAGAGAUUGCAGCGAACACGAAGCGCGGGGGGAUGAGCCUCGCUCUUUGUAAUGACAUUCACGUCCGAUUUGCUUGUUCAUCGAAUUAAAAUAUAACAAAACAGGGGGCCAUGAACAAUAUAAAUGACGGCAAACUGUUGCAAAAUAUGUAUUGGGUGAAUUUGGUACCUAUAGAUCAAAAACCUGUAUCCCUGGAUAAACAUGGAUAACUUUGCUUCUGAUGGGUGAAAAUGACAUUAAUUUCAUCUUGUUUUCUCUAUAGAUUAGAGGUCUAGAAUUAAGUCGAUGAAAAUAUUACAGGUUAGAUAUUCUGUUGAGUAAUUUUUUGUCUUCUCUUUUCUGUAGGCUCAGUCAGACACCACCCGUGGAAAUUUCCUUCUUUCAAAAAUGCAUCGAGCUGGAACUCGAACAGGUGAGUGAGAAAGAAACACCAAAGUUGUUGCAAAAAAUGUUUCCUCUUUCUUUUUAUCUUUUUUUUUUUUUUAACUACUGUCACAUAGAAAGCCCUGCUGAAGAAAUCUGCAGUGCUUCGCAACUGUCUGUGAGCUCAUUAAUGUCAUUUUAACCUCACCCUUAUGUGUCAGUCUUUGCCCUUCUUAAUUCUAAAUACGCGAUAGAUAGCGGCUGUCCAGUGGGUAGGUAAAGUAGACCAGUAACCGGCUUUCAGUACCAAGGGUGCUUGCCAAUAGGCAAAAUACUUGAGAAAUCCCAAAUGUAAUCAUUGUUAGGGCUUGCAAAGGGCAUGCCUCAUUUUUAUUGUCCCAGUAACGAAAUUCGUUCCCGAACUCAAAACUUCAAACUGUACUAUUAGCCCUUUAAGGGAAACGAUUAAUAGAAACCUAUUGCAUCGUCCACUUGAUGUAGGUGUGACUGUUAGGUAGCGGUGGAAAUUUAUUCCCUUCCCCUCGACAAUGUUCUACUGGCAAAGGACUGUACGGCUAUUUAAAGGCGACCAGGUUGUCUGAUUUUCAGUGCAUUAAUUGCUGUUAUCUUUUGUUUUCUCAGGACGAGCUGAGUUUAAAGCGUGUCCGUAGUCUGUACGAGACAGCGGUUGAUCAUUUUGGAACAUCUCAUCCUGGUAAGCUCGUUUUAUAAUUUUGUCAUAUACCUCAUGGCGGUAAGCCAUAUAGUCACUCGCGUAUACCUCAUUUUCUCUUCCAUUUUGAGGUUGCGAAUUGAACAUCUUUUGUAAUGUUUUGACCCGUGACGGUGUUAUUCCAACGAAUGCCCUUGAAAGUGGGGAACGUGUAGGUUUCUCUGAUGGUCAUGGAGCACGAAGGGAACUUUUCCUCAAUUAUUGAAUUUAACAGCGUGCGUGUUUUGUGUUUUGCAAAUAAUUGUUCCAUAAAUAGGAUGACGCUGGACUUGUUUUCGAGUAACUUCGAGAGCUCAGCGCGCCUCUUUCCUAAACUGUCUAGAAACUACUUCGAUCCUUACGCCUAAUUUAAAUAGUUUUAAAAGCUUUUCGUUACGCUUUUUCACUUAAGUUUGUUUUUGUCUGUCGUAGUUUUUAUACGAACACCGAAUACGCCCCCAAACACCAGGGGAUCUCGUACGCCAGAUUAUACGACUACUCGUUUUGUCUGAAGUGUACGUACGUAGUUUCCUUCCUUUGAUUCUGACAUCCUGUCUCGUGCUUUAUCUGAUAAGACAUAGAUUGACGCCACGUGAAACUUCUGAGACAAAUUAAACUAGGUCACGUUCCACUCAGGUGCGUUUUUUUUGUCGUGUGAUAAAACUUAACUGAGGACACUUGGCAAUAUUUCGGUCCCCGCUUAUCGACUCUCAACCACUGAACCGAAGAAAGCAAAAAACGGAAGAAGUAAAAGAGAAAAAACAAAACUAUUUCUAGCUCCAAGCUGCGCUCGUGAAGAGCAGUAUCUAUAUUGUAUCUAUAUUCCAGUUUAACUUUUGAGUCUAAGGUUUUAGGUCUUCCAGUGCGGCGAUGUAAGUAAAACGAGAAGCGUUUUUCCCGUUAUGGCGUCUUUAACCAUGCUAUGAGAUGUUUGCUUUUAAAGAAAUUCAUCAGGCUAAAAAUUGUCAAACAGUAAAACUUUAACUCAAAACCAGUGAUAAUGACAUAAAAGCUUUGCUUGUUUGUAAGAAAGAUGAACGUGUUUGUACCAGAGUAAAAACUAUUGAACAUUUUUUGUGCCAACCGAAGUAGUACGUUUCCUUGGUGUUCUUUUGAUGCGGGAGUCAUAGGACUCGGCAUAAGCACUUGUGAGCUUUGUUGCUAGUUUUUCUAUUCGUCUCUGCAAGGUGCUUUAAACUGUUUAUUCGGUGAAAGUAAUCCGCCAAAUUCUUUCUAUUCAUAUCAAAGCUAUAGAAAGGUUUUUCCCAGAAGUGCUGUGUUUCACUCAUGUUUUUAUAGUUCUUUUUCUAACUUUUGUGUGUACAAUGGGCGUGUCAGUCUUUUUGUGGAGCUGAAAUUCUAGAACCUGCUGUACCAUUCCGCAACCAUUCAGCGAUUACUCGUUCCAUUUUCUUGUGCAUCAAGAGCGGCUCCGGCCAGCUCCUUCCGGCCGUCUCGCCUUUCGACCCAAAACAUAAGCAAACCAUAGAGCAAACUUUAUUGAUAUGACUGAAACAAAUAUAUUGUUUGUGAAAACAUACAGUUAUUGUUUUUUCCAUGAAAUUACGUCGUAAGUUAUUUUUGUCUUAUGGGGCCGUCAGAGGUGCAGAAAAGUGGAGCAAUGUUUUUGUACAUAUGUCUCCUGGAUUUCACAAAUUUGGAUGUCCCGAAUUGGAAUAUAACUAAUGAGAUAUAUAACCAAAGAGGAUUUUGCGUUUUCACUUAAAUCUAUAAAUAAUCCUGUUGCGUUUGGAAACGUUUUUAGAAAAUCCAACAAUAGAUUUUGACCACAAGGCAUUUAAUUAGCAGGGGUUUUUAUGUUUUAAAAGACCGGCAAGUUUGCCAUGCCAUUGAAAAUAAAUCUUGUACGUGAUUUGCGCUUCCAGUUCAAGAGCGUUUACGAUAGUGUAGUAAAAAGUCAACGCGAACAUUUUCUUUUUUGAAAGAGAAUUAAAAAACGCAUGUGACUUUAAGUGCUCGAUCGAACAAGUGUUUUUUAAGAAAUUUGGUUUGCAUUUGUCGAUUGGUCAAUGAAUCUUUCAUCUUUGUGGCUCACAAAAUUACAGAAAUAAAUUUUCGCACGAUAGUCAUAACAGACUUCUUCAAAGUAAGUCUAAGUUUAUUAUCUCAGCCGCCAUGACGCCCCUAAACUAAGCGCUGUUUUCCUCGAGUAACAGACUACAAAUUGGAUAAAUUCAAGGGAUUUUCAUAUGAGAAAAUUACAAAGCGAACUGUACAGUAGGAAAGUGCUGCUCGUUACUUUUGAUCCGCAGACUCAACAAAGAAAGAGCGUAUCAUAUGGCGAAGUAUUCGUAUUCCGGAAUAGGCAAAGUAAGAACAACAAUUUGGAGAUAAAUUUGUUUCUAGAAGGAGUGAUGGUAGUGGAGAUUUUCGUCCACUGAGAAGCUACGAGUCACUAAAAACUGGUGCAAAGUUUCAAAAAGAAAAUGAAGGUUUUUCGUUCUACCUGGGUCUUGAAUUUCCCCACGAGCGCGAAAUUUGACGAAGAAUUUGUCGACGUUGAAGCGCUCGCUCUUUUUCGAGAGAAGUAUGUCGUCCGUCUCCCUUUGACAAUUUUUUUUAUUUUUUAAACCGAUUACUGUAAGGCGCUUGCUUUGCUUACAGUGCUUUCCGUCUUGUUGUUACAAAAAUAAUAUUUUUGAGCUUAACAUUAAUCUUCGUUAUGACUUGGUCGGCGUAAAUCGAAGGAGAAAUAAACUCUGCUUUAUCUUUCAUUUCGUUGAAUUUUUGUUGACUGGAGCUUUUGUCAUUUACGUGACCUAACGAUAGUUUGUGCUCCUGAGUGAACCGUGCCUUAAAACAAAGUCAUAUUAUUAUUAGCUAACUUUCCACCUACCCCUCCCCUAAUCCAACGUUAAUACUGAGUUCUUAAUUGGGGCAAAAUGUCGGUUUAAGGGAGGGGUAGGUGCGGUAAUUUCCUAGCGUCUUAGACUGAUCCAAUUAUUGCAAUUAAACAAAUCAAGAAAAAAACAAUGCAAAAACAAGGCAAAAAAAAACAAUGCAACCGCUAUAAGUGCUGCCAAAAACUCAACCGGAAAAUUGGCUUCAAUCUCUGAGGUGUUAACCACCUGUUAGUCACGGAAUGUUUUUAACUGGUUAUCACUUAAGUUUUUUGUAGGACUAUUAUAUGUCAUGACAUAAGCGAGUUCACUCCGGCGCAGAAAACUGCGCUUAAAUCAUUGAAUAUAGCGAUUGUUAAUCGAUUACUCAUUUCACUUCUGGGUUGCUUUAUAAAAACAUAAAAAGUUGUUCCAAAGAAGUUUCUAGUUUGGGUGAAGUGCUAUUUUUUGACCAUUCAAUUGAAAUCCCUUUAGCUGUAUUUUUACUUGGCACUGAUUUUUUUUCUGCGGCUUCUAAAGAUUUUUAAUGCACUGGUUUUUGUUGCUGGUGGUGGUGUUGUUUUGGGGGGGUGGGGGUGGGCGGGCGGUGGAGCAUAAAUUCAAGUUUGUUACCUCUGGGAGUUAAUUGUCUAAUACUGGGUGCGUUACAUUUUCUUUCAACAGAUCUAUGGUUGGACUAUAUUCGUUUUGAGCUUGAUCACCCUGAUAACAAGGCAAGUACCACAGGAGAGCUGUACUGGCGUGCUACCAAGUGUCUUGAAGGACAAUAUACUGAGAAGUUUGUGGGUCUUCACUCCUUACUGCAGGCAAGGCGGGUGUAGAAACAUCAACACGCCUUUCUUUCAUCAUACUAACUU